GCGGCAGAGGCGGGCUGGCGAGCGGCGGAGCGCGGCGGGCUCUCCGCCGGCAGCCAUGGGCCAGGACUUGCCGUGGCUCAACCACUCCGGUAGCCCGCGGGCGGCGGGGAACGCCUGUGCGACGGACGGGCAGCGCGGCGGGCCUUUCGCCGCCGCCACCGCCGCGCUGCUGGCGGCGCUGAUGGGGCUGCUGGUGCUGGCCACGGUUUUGGGCAAUGCCCUGGUCAUUCUGGCGUUCGUGGUGAACCGGAGCCUCCGCACGCAGGGCAACUUCUUCUUCCUCAACCUGGCCAUCGCCGACCUCCUGGUGGGCGGAUUCUGCAUCCCCCUCUACAUCCCCUACGUGCUGACGGGCGAGUGGAGACUCGGCAGGGGCUUAUGUAAGCUGUGGCUGGUGGUGGACUACCUGGUGUGCACCGCCUCCGUCUUCAACAUCGUCCUUAUCAGCUUCGACAGGUUCAUCUCUGUCACCAAAGCGGUCAGUUACAGGGCUCAGAAGGGGAUGACCAGAAAUGCAAUAUUGAAGAUGAUCGCUGUAUGGAUUGCUGCUUUUCUUCUCUACGGUCCAGCCAUUCUCAGUUGGGAGUACAUUGCCCAAAAGAGCAUCCUCCCCGAAGGAGAAUGUCACGCAGAAUUCUUCUACAAUUGGUAUUUCUUAAUGAUUGCCUCUACUGUUGAAUUCUUUACACCUUUCAUCACUGUUACAUACUUUAACUUAAGCAUUUACCUCAACAUCAGGAAACGCACAUCCCUCAGAAACGAAAACCUAUCACCUGGUCAAGAGGACUGUGAAAUGAGUUUCCAGGGGAAAAAAAGGGAACAUGCUAUAUUUUUUGUAAAGCCUGCUAACAGACAGAAACAUAGGAAGAGAGCAAGCAGCCUUUCUCCUCCCAAAAAGGCUUCAAGGCUCAGCCUACAUAAGCUUGACAACCAGUCAUUAAAUUUGAACGUCAAUCAAGACCUUCCACCACUUCACGUAGAAGUUGAGACCAAGCCUCAUAGGAACUGUUUCUACAAAACUACAGAAAGUGUAUGCAACACCACCAGCAGAGUGGACAUUGCUAACACUAUGGCAAAUAGAUUCAGACUUUCCCGGGAUAAAAGAGUAGCAAAGUCUUUAGCAAUUAUUGUCUGUGUGUUUGGUUUGUGUUGGGCUCCAUAUACACUUUUGAUGAUCAUCAGAGCAGCUUGCCAUGGGCACUGUGUGCAGUAUUCACUCUAUGAGACUUCAUUUUGGCUUCUGUGGGUGAAUUCAGCCAUUAACCCUGUUCUAUACCCACUGUGUCACAUGAGCUUUAGGAAAGCCUUUAUAAAACUCUUGUGUCCUGGAAAAGCCAAAAUUCAUCCUCAUAUUUUUAUGUGAAAAAAGGUGUGAAGGCUGACAAUUAGCACAUCUUGCUUUCAGUGGGAGCAUGAACUGCCUAAUAUUCACGUGCAAGUAUUAAUACAAUGUGCACUGGUUAGUUUAUGGAAUACUGAUAAGUAGGUACAAGUGUAGAUAUUUAUGAAUGUAUAGAAAUACAGUCAUCCAUGUAGCUAGAAAAAUCACAGCAAUGAAAAAAAAAAAGGUAAUUUCUCAAAGCUCCUUGUGAAAUAAUGCCAGCAGUAUAUUUUCUGGUAAUGGUGCACUAGCAAUAAAGUGCUGAAAAGGGAAUACUACAUUCACGGCCAAUAAUUAAGGAGUUCAGGCUCUCUCACUUUUAAUACCUGUAAAUAUUGCUGGUAAGGCAUUUCAUAAAUUGUUAAUCUUGGACCUGUUAUAUUUUA